CGACUCUCCAAUCUUCAAUUCUCGCCGGUCUCCGAGUUCUCCGUGUCGAUUCAGAAAUGGCUUUAGGUGGAACAGCUCCCCCAAGAGGCAGCGCAGCAGCUGCUGCUAGUUUGCGUAGGAGGAGGACAACAAGUGGUGGGGCCUCAGGAGGAGCAGCUGGGACUAUGCUUCAGUUCUACACUGAUGAUGCUCCUGGACUCAAAAUCUCUCCAAAUGUUGUACUGAUAAUGAGCAUUGGAUUCAUAGCUUUUGUCGCAAUACUUCAUGUUGUGGGUAAACUCUACUUUGUCCGUAGAGAAGCUUAAAGGAUUGUCAAUUUCGGAAGUUGAAUAUGAGUUGGUUGUUUGGAUGUCCAUUUUGAAUUCUUUUUAGAAAGAUGGUCAAGACAUUUAUAAUACAUUUAUAUUUUGUUUUGGAAAGUUAGCUGAUCAUUUCUCAGGUCAA